GAAUGCACUUGUGAUGACUGACAUGUAGUGGGACGGUCUAUUUCUGCUGGAGGAUAAAAGCUCACACUUAGUGAAACUUGAGUAGUUUGUGAUCAACUUCUCUUCCAGAAUGUCUCUCGCACGAGCUGUCCAAGCCAAGAUUGCUGGCAAGCGUGACCCCGAGAGGGAGGUCCAGGCUUUGGAGUGGAUCCAGGCAGUUCUCGGACAAAAGUUCUCCGGACCUCUGGAAGAUGUCAUCCGGGAUGGACAAGUCCUGUGUCAAGUGAUGAACAAACUCGUUCCUGGAUCCAUCCCCAAGAUCAACUCCACGGGAGGACAGUUCAAGAUGAUGGAGAACAUCAACAAUUUCCAGAAGGCCCUGAAGGAAUACGGAGUUCCGGACAUUGAUGUGUUCCAAACCGUAGACUUAUGGGAGAAGAAAGACAUUGGACAAGUAACCACCACAUUGUUUGCUCUUGGAAGAACAACAUACAAUCACCCCGAGUUUCCUGGACCAUGGUUGGGACCCAAGCCUUCCGAGGAGUGCAAACGUGACUUUAGCGAAGAGCAACUCAAGGCUGGACAAACCAUCAUCGGUCUCCAGGCUGGUCAGAACAAGGGAGCUUCUCAGGCAGGACAAAAUAUCGGUGCCGGCAGAAAAAUCAUCUUGGGAAAGUGAACAACCUUCUUCCAUCCUCUUUUUUUACACUUUUUCAUGUUUAACCUUCAAGAUAUUUUUUUAGAACUUUUUACUUUGUGAUUCCAUAUCUAGUCUUUCCUAAGGAGAAUUCUCUGGUGCGACUGCAAUACCACAUACGGAAGUGAAAUGUUGAUCAAGUUCAAAACAGCUGAACGUUUACUUUAUAUAAAUAUAUUUUAAAACUACA